UUUUGUUUUGACGCAGUUAGCAAACCUAACCUCUGGUGCGCGGUACAACGGUCAAAGAGUGCAACCGGAUGCAAGUACAGUACAAGAAAAUUGCGGUUGGACCGAAUCCUUUGUGGACAAUUGUUACGCUAUCCCUUCGCAUCCUACUAAUACCUAGAUAGUAUCUACCGAUUUUCGCAAUUCUACCGUCUCCGCAGUAACGUACAGUGGGUACAAGACGAUACCUAAUCAAGCGUUUGGAAAUGUUUACUGUCUACAGAAAUUGAUCUCUGGAUGAUGGAUUCUAAUACAUCAAGUGGGUCUAAGCCGACUUUCUCGUUCGGCCGCGAGGACGACCGGGAUGUAGAAAGCUUAUCUCAAAUUUACGAAGAUGCUUUUGCUCUCUUCAAUAAUAUCAACAAAACUCAGGAGGCGACAAAUAGCCCUAAGGUUCAGUCUGAUGUCAGAAAGGCGAUGAACAUGUUGGAAAAUGCAACAAGGCUGGUCUCUUUGUUAAACAUGUUCAGUACUAAUGAGAACUUUGACGAAGUCCCUACAUCAGAUAUAAAGUAUUUGCUAUUGCCAGCUCUGCUUGGCACCUUGACUCUUAAAAUUUGUGGGUCAAAUGAUCGGUUACAUAUUGUGGAAGUUGCUGAAAUUUACUUCACAGAUUUUCUCAAAAGACUCAGGGACUACGGGGUGAUAGACAUGGAAAUUCCGGAAUAUAAAUCGGAUGAAGAAAAGUCUGUCUGUAAGCAAUUGUCCAACACGGAGAAGAUCACUUCUAUGGUGUCAUCACGCAAUGCUAAGCUGCAGAGAUACAAGGAGCAGAAAGAACUAGAAAGCCGGCUGCAGAUGCUGCAGGAGAAUAUGACGAACCCAAAUAUCGACGAGGAGUCAAAAAGAGAAUACUAUUUAACUUUAAUUAAAUCGUACGUAAAUCAGGCACUGCAAGAGUUGAGUUCGAUCGCCGCAGAGAAACCCAUUAUAGAGCAUAUGAUGAAAGUUGGACACACUGAGUUUCCAGCAUCCCAAAACUCGAAAAAAUUCAAAGCACCUGCUAUCAAACUUCAGCCCAUCAUCAUCACCAGAGAUGAAGUCCAGAAAAAAGUUUAUGGUGCGGGAUAUCCGAGUCUGCCUGUUUUAACUGUCCAAGAAUUUUAUGAAAAAAGAGUCAAAGAUGGAGAUUGGCCCGAUCCCUCCCAGAAAAAUCAAAUGGGAGGCAAGAGUUUACAGGAUUUCAAUAAUGACAGAGAUGGACCCAAAGAAGAGGAUAUUGAGGAUGAAGCAAAAGAGAAACAGGUAGAGCUGGACGAUCCUGAACUUCUUGCGCGAACUCGUGCAAUGGACGAGUACAAAGAUACACACAGGAGGGGUUGGGGAAACCGAGCCAAUAGGAGUUGAAUCAACUAAUCCCCCGUGCGAAUAAAUAAUCGAAGAAUUCUUGUUUUCACUAAUAACGAGCUCCGGAUAUCUAGUUUUCGAGUACCCAGGCAUAAAAUCAAGGUAAAGAUUGAAAAGCGAUGGAAUGAAGUGCACUCGCACAUUUCUUGAAUAAAAAAGUUGACUCCAUCAAUUUCUCUGAGUGGGUACUUAACAACUCUACACUAAACCUCGUCCAAGCUUCAUGAAACAAAGAAAGAAAAAAAACAAAAAACCGGAUCCACUGUAAUUUCAAAACAAGUAAAUCGUAUGUAAUGUUUAUUCGAACAUCAUAAAUAAUCUAUCGAAAUUUCAAAUAUUCAUUGAAAAUAUAAAUUUACAUCGCA